AUGAGGGUCUAUGUAGUUCUUGAGGACUGCGAUACCUCUUUUGCUCCGGAUUCUAGAUUGGAUAUUUUACACCAAUGUUUACUGGUUUUACACGAUUCGCCUCUUAAUAAGGAUUCCAAUCUCCGUGUAUAUGUUCGAACUAAGUCCAAUGAGUUAAUUGAAAUCAACCCUUCUCUUUCAGUGCCUCGUACUUUAGAUUUGUUCACCAAUCUAAUGGAUACGCUGGUAAAGAAUCGUAAAAUCAAGUCUGCCAAUAGUGGCAAUAUUUUAAUGAAGAUGAUUCCCAAUAAGCUGGAAUCCGUCCUUCCUGCCAAUAGCUAUUCUGUUGGUUUCUCAACGACUGGCAAGCUGGUCAAAUUAUCGCGUUUUCUGUCAAGUUAUGACUUCAAUCGCACUCUGGUCGUCCACGUGGGAACAACGUCGAGUGACCAUUCCAAGGGCACUACUGAGAACGUCGACGAGGUGAUUUGCAUCUCCGAACACCCUCUGUCCGCUGCCCACUGCCUAUCUAAGCUGACUACUGAGUUGUUGCAGCUCAUUUAG